AUGGAUUGCGGAGGAAACUAUAAUCAGCUUUGCCCUGAAUUGUACUGCUCAUCUGCCGAUGGCCUUGGAAAUUACACUACCUCUGCUUGUUUCGUAUAUUUUGAGGAUGCAAAGAAUACCGCUAUAACUCGCACUCAAGCGUAUUGUUCGCCUAUUAGCAUCUGUUCAAUUAUUUCUUGCAAUAGUACUUCGCUACAAAUUACCAGCGUGGAAGAUUUACUCAAAGCAAGAAUUGUUUCAUAUGAUUGUGCUGUAGGAAACCAAACAGGACAUCUUAAAGCCCAAAUGCUAUUGCCAAACAAUGCUACCUGGACAGAAGAAAGCAGUGCAUCUUUAUCUGCUCAGCCUAUGAUUGAAUUGCUGCCAUUGUUGUUCUUAUGCAUCUUCGGCAUGCUUAUUCUCGACAAACGACUUUAA